AUGCUGGAAACCAGCGAAACCACAAAGGCUCCUGAAGCCAAUCAACCAAAAUCAUUAGAGAGCUUGGAUAGAAGAACGCUCUUUGUUAGGUCGAUUCCCUUGGAUGCCUCAAACGAAGACCUUUCCGAGUACUUUUCUCAAUUCGUGCCAGUGAAACAUGCGGUCAUUGUGACGGAUAGCGACAAAAAGUCUCGCGGCUUCGGUUUCGUUUCAUUCACCCUCGAUGAUGAUACACUCACUGCUUUGGUAGAGGCUAAGAAAAACAAGUUUAAGGGCCGGUUCCUUAGGGUAGACAUAGCCAAAAGAAGAGACCGUAAAGACGGUGAAACCAAAUCCGAACAACCUGUGCAUGAACCUGUUGAGAAAAGAAAACCACGUUUGAUUGUCAGAAACUUGCCAUGGUCAUGUGACGGUGAGCGGUUGAAGAAAGAGUUCCUCAAAUUUGGAGGAGUUCACUCAGCAUAUAUCCCCAGUCAGACUGGAGGAAAGAAAAAAGGUUUCGGAUUUGUGGUAAUGAACAAGAAGGUUGCUGCUGAGCGUGCUGUUCAAGCGUGCAAAGGGUUGAAAAUUGACGGCAGAGAAGUAGCUGUAGACCUUGCAGUAGAGAAGUCGAAGUGGGAAGAGGCUAACAAGAAUCAAUCUCAAACCGAAGUCAAGACUGAAGUGAAGGAUGAAGCUGAUGAAGACCUUGAUGAUAUCGAGGCCGAAGUCAAGGAUGAGGAGAACAGUGAUGUUGACGAAGAGGAGGAUCAAGACGAGGACAACAAAGACUUCAACGAUCUCAAUGGUCAAGACUCAGACGCUGAGCUCGAAGAUGACGACGACGAGGAAGAGGAGCAAAAGGUGGAAUACAAGAAAUCUAACAAACAAGAAGCGUUUUCUGUGUUCGUCAGAAACAUUCCAUACGACGCAGACAAAGAAUCGCUCCAGGAACACUUUUCCCUGUUUGGUCCCGUUAAAUAUGCUCUCCCGGUCAUUGACAGAGCCACUGGUGUCGCUAAAGGAUCUGCUUUUGUUGCUUUUAAGACACAUGAUGCGUACGAAACUUGUCUCAGAAAUGCUCCUGCUGCCUCCUCUACCUCAAUGUUGAUUUCAGAUGAUGUGGCUCCAGAGUAUGUAUACCAGGGUCGUAUUCUCUCUAUUGCAUCGACUGUGGAUAGAGACUCUGCAAACAAAUUGGCUGAGAGAAACUCCGUCAAAAGAAAGGAGGCGCUCGGCUUUGACAGCGGUGACAAGGACAGAAGAAAUUUGUACUUGUUGAAUGAGGGUAGAAUCACCGAGAACUCCAAGCUCGCUCAAUUUAUUUCAAAAGCCGAUAUGGAGGCUAGAGAGAAGUCUUACAAAUUGCGUGUUCAACAGUUGAACAAGAACCCUACUUUGCAUUUAUCUUUGACUAGAUUGGCGAUUCGUAACAUUCCACGUGCCAUGACCAACAAGUCUCUCAAGGCACUUGGUAGAAAAGCCGUUGUUCAAUUUGCCACUGAAGUGAAAGAGACCAAACGUCAACCAUUGUCCAAGGAAGAAGUCAACCGUUCUCUUAAACAUAAACUAGAUACUGAAGGUGAGGCUCCCGCUAAAGAAGAUGAAGCCGCCAAGAAGAACAACAAGAAAUUGGGUGUUGUUAGACAAGCAAAAAUCAUCAUGGAGGUGAAAGGAAGUGGUGAUAUCGGAAGAAGUAGAGGCUACGGCUUCCUUGAGUUCCGUGACCACAAGGCAGCAUUAAUGGGUCUUCGUUGGUUGAACGCACAUGAGGUAUCCGAUGAAGAAAUUCUUGAAGGUAUGACCGAUGACGAAAAGAAACAAGCUCGUCUUGAGGGAGCAAGCAAACGUCGUUUGAUUGUGGAAUUUGCCAUUGAAAAUGCCAAGGUUGUGAAGAGAAGAAGGGAUCAGAAAAUGAUUGCACGCCACGGAAAGAGAAGCCGUGAUGAAGGCGAUGAGGGCGAAGAACAAGAGACGGACAGACAGUCAAAAAAACAGAAGAGAAAGGGUCCUUCUAGAAAAGGAAACAUGAACAAAGGUCCUAAGGAACAGAAGAAGCCCGCAGGAGUCGCAGAAGCUGCAGAGAACAAGAAGUCCGGCCUUUCUGAUGGCGUUAAACACGUAAUUGCCAGAAAGAGAAAGAACAGAAAGGGUAAGAAUUAG